UGGCAGAUCCUAUCUAACCUAUACUACGAAACCGAAAGAUGACGUCAACAGCAUUCCCGAAGUACGAGCAUAUGGCGACCAAUGUCGCACGCUUCCAGCACCAGGCCAGGGAUUGGCACAAGGAGGCCGAGAAUGGAGACUCCGUUGACUACGGGACAAGGAUUGCUCUCUUGCUCAACCGCGUCACGGACCUCCUCGCUACUUGCAUUGCACAACAGGAGGGCAUUCACUCUCUCCACCACGCCAACCAGGCGCUGACCAAGCGCAUACAGCAGCUGGAGCAGCGACCCAUCGCCACUUCCAGCGCCGGCCCCUCCGACCUCGUCGACCGCGUCAACGUCUUGGAGAUAGACGUGGGAACACUCAAAACCGAGACACAACGACUGGACCAGCAGGUGGGGGCAGCAGCCACACCGAGCUCAGCGCCUCGUGAGAGCAUCCCCAAAUUUGAGGGGCUCCUGAUCUUCUGUGAUGCAUCGAAGACGGAGCCUAUACCUUGGUGGCGCCAGUUCGAAUUAAAGCUGGACAUCCACCAUGUCAUCCACACAAACCGGCAUGCAUACUUGUACUCCCGGUCAGGAGGUGCCUGCCAAGCAUGGUUGGACAACAUGUUGUCCGCACAUGCAUGCACAGUCUCCGAGUUACACAACUUCAUCACCUGGGCCAAUCUCACGGCGGCAUGGAAAAAGCAUUUCCAAGUGGAACCGCCCGAGCAUCAGGCGAUGGACAAUCUGCUGACAUUCGCACAGAACAGCAUGCCAAGCAAAGACUGGAUAUAUGAGUUCCAACGCCUGGCGAGCACGCCCAAGCUGCCGCUGAACUUCGACGGCAUCAAGCUCUACUUCAUCAAAAGGUCGUGCCCAGCAUUGCAAAAUGCGUUAACUCAGGUCGCUGAGAACCUCAACACAAGUGACGAACUCUUCAACAAGGCCGCGCAGAUUAUUGUGACGAACUUGGAAGCCAAGAACAUUGGCCGUUCAUCGACAGCCGGCCAGGGCGCAUAUCAGAAUCGGCUGAAAGUGGUCGUGGUCGCGGCAGCAACGCCAAGCGACCCUUCAACCUCAAACGAGGCUGCCUCUUCUGCCGAGGGAGACAUAUUAGCAGGUGCCCAGAAUGGUGGCCGCCCCGCCAAAGGACGAGGACGCGGCAAAACCAAGACAAACACUUCUUCUGGGCCCGGACAAGCAACUCCAGCUCAAGAACCUUGGACACAAUACGGUUUGCCGACGUUGCAAAUCCCACAAUCAUCGUCCGUACGACGAACUGCAACCAUUACCGGUCCCCUUGCGCCGAGGGAAGCGAUUGCCAUGGACAUUACCGGGCUGUUCCCCAAGCACAAGACGGGUGUGGAUGGGAUUCUCACGGUGGUUGACCGACUCACCAAGUUUGCCAUGUUUUUGCCUUGUCGUUAUCACGCCAAGGCACUGGAGUUGGUCGAGGUUCUCUACGCCGGUUGGAUUCGAACCAAGGGUUACCCCAAGGAGAUUGUCUGCGACCGCGAUACUCGGUUCAUGUCCAAAUUUUGGUUGGCGCUCAUCAAACGAUGGGGCUCAUCCCUCAAGCCGAGUUCGGCUCGCCACCCCCAAACCGAUGGCCAAACGGAGAGGGCACAUCAGACCGCACAGGUCCUUCUUCGCACUCUUAUCGGUCCCGACCAAAAGGAUUGGGUCGAGCGGCUGCCGGAUAUCGAGUUGGUAUACAACUCGUCCAUCCAUCCGGCUAUCGGGAUGUCGCCCUUUGAGUUCGAGCAUGGCUCGCCGGUCGAUUCUUCGUUGGACACAAUCAUCCCACGGACGGCUGAGAGCGACGACCAUCUUCUCUUCAUUCGUCGGAUGCAAGAGCUUCUUGUCAAGGCACGCGACCAGAUGUCAAAGACGCAGCAACGUAUGCGCCAACAGGCCAACCGCCAGCGUAUUCCUUGUCCGUUCCACGCCGGCGACCUCAUAUGGGUUUCCGCUGUGGAAUUCAGCCUCGAACAAGAUAUCUCUCGCAAGCUCCUUCCGAAAUGGAUGGGGCCCUGGCCGGUCGUGGCACGCCGGCACACGGACGCACCCGAAGGACCUUCAUUUAUCAUUCAGGUGCCCGCCCACUUGCCCGUCAACCCGGUCUUUUACUGUUCCAAGUGGGCUCUCUACACGCCAGCGGAACUUGACGACUUUCCCGGGCGACGAUCGCAAGACCCACCCUCGAUGGACGGUUUCCAAGAGGUUGGCGACAUCAUAUCCCAGCGACGUUACGACAACAGGCCGACUGAAUUCUUGGUCCAUUUUGCAUAUUGCACCCAUAGAGUUUACCGUUGGUUGACCCGUGUGGAACUUCAAGCAACAGCUCCCAAUGUCCUCGCACGCUACGAACGCAAGUUGCAAGGCAAGCCGGCAUCUUCGGCUCCACGCCGCACCCGCGUCCUGGUUCCACCUUCAGAUUGUCAGCUUCGCCCUCGACCCGGCUUGACUUCAUAAGGAGGGAGGGGGGUUACAUGCUGCGCCUGCACACGGGCCCCAUUUGAGG